GCAAUUUUGUUAGUGUGACGUAGGUAAACAAAGGAGAAUAGCGACCAAAGCUGAGGAGAGAAGCUGAGAGGGGAAGGAAAAUGGGUAGAUUGUUUCUUCAACAUCCUGGCGGUCUAAGAGUGUAUUGUUGUGCUAACUGUGACACGGCUCUCACUAACAGAGGCGAACUAGUAUCAACAAGAUUUAAUGGUGCAACUGGUCGUGCAUUUCUGUUCAAUAGAGUUGUUAAUUUAACAUUCAGUGAACCAGAGAAUAGAAUAAUGUUAACUGGUAGACAUAUCGUGAGGGAUGUUUCUUGCAAGGCUUGUGCAGCCAGACUGGGUUGGAUCUAUGAAUAUGCUACAGAAGAAUCUCAGAGAUAUAAGGAAGGUCGUGUGAUUCUAGAAAGAGCUUUGAUCACAGAGACAUCUGGAUUCGAAGAAAUAUCUGAUUGAUAAAAAAUAUAAUAAUUACUCUGCCAAUUGGAGGCAUAAAUUCAAGCUGUAUUAUUGAUUGUCUUAUUUUAAUUCAUUAUUAUUAUUAUUAUUGUUAUCAUUAUUAUUAUUGUUAUUAUUAUUACUCCAACAUUGAUAAUCAUGAUUUUAUGUAUGCGUGCAAUGUAUUAGUUAUGUAUUAGCAGUAUAUUAUUAUUAUCAGUAUUUAUUUUGUGAUGUGUUUAUUACAGAACCACAAUUAUGC